GGACAGACGGCCUCUGAUCUCUUACGACGAUAUCGCAUCACCGCAAGCUGCAAACUCAGCACAGUUAGGCACCUCCUAGACGUACACCUCAACACGUCCAGCACUGGGACGAUCCGGGCAACGAUGCAGGCGUUAUGAGCUACAGUAAUGGCGCUAGUGGUGCUGAUGAGUAUGAAGACCAUGCCGAGGAGGAGGAAGAGUUGACGCAUGAAGAUAUUUGGGAUGACUCUGCUCUCAUCGACGCGUGGAAUUCAGCGACGGCCGAAUAUGAGGCCUAUCAUGGAAAGACGAAGAAGUGGAAGGAAGAACCCGUUAAAAGGUCGCCGUUGUGGUAUAACGUCCCACCGAGUCCAUCUAAACUUGCCAAUAGCAAGGGGAAAUCCGGGAAAACGAGUGCCGCAGUGGCUGUCUCCCAAGCAGUUGAUGCCGCAGACUCCAAGCCAGUGGACUUCAACACUUUUGUCCCCUCGCACGACCCAAGUCUAGCGAGGACUAGUGGUACCGCGCAAGGAGCAGAGUCCCUCGCCGAUCACUCUCAGUCGUAUUUGCCGGGUCCCACUGGUCCUAUCGUCGGACAAGACGAGGCAUUCGAGAAAGCGCUCUCUGCCAUGUAUUGGAGCGGAUAUUGGACUGCAGCGUACCACUACCACGGACAUUAUCAGAACCAAGGCGGGCCAUCUCAAGCUGACGGUGAAGCAGAAGAUGAAGCCAAUGACGAAGUCGAUGAGGUCGACGCUAUGAUGGACGAUCUUAUUGAGACGCAGCGUUAGACCUUGCUUUGACUUGGCUCAGCACUACGCUGCCUCACAUGUAGGUCAGCGUGCAUGACAUGAGUGCGAACAUCGUCAAUAUGCCAGGGUGAACAGAUGUAUCUUGACUGAAUAUUUCCUCAGCAACCUUGUUCUU